AUGAGUGGCCGUUUACUGGAUUUGUUCAAGCCAUUCGAGGCGUUUUUGCCCGAAGUUAUCUCUCCAGAGAGAAAAGUACCAUACAACCAGAAAUUGAUCUGGACAGGUGUUUCGCUUCUCAUAUUUCUAGUUUUGGGGCAGAUUCCGCUGUAUGGGAUUGUUUCUAGUGAAACGUCGGAUCCUUUGUAUUGGCUACGUGCUAUGUUGGCCUCCAACCGAGGUACGCUUAUGGAACUCGGAGUUACUCCAAUUAUCACCUCAUCCAUGAUAUUCCAGUUCUUGCAAGGCACACAGGGGAUCCACGUCGACAUGGAAAACAAGCAUGAUCGCGAAUUGUUUCAGAUUGCUCAGAAAGUGUGUGCCAUUUUGCUCACUUUCGGUCAGGCCGUCGUUGUUGUUCUAUCGGGCAACUACGGUAGACCUUCAGACAUUGGAAUUGCCAUUUCGCUGCUCUUGAUCUUUCAGCUGAUGUUUGCAUCUUUCAUUGUGCUUUUGCUCGACGAACUACUUGCCAAGGGCUACGGUCUAGGAUCUGGUAUUUCUCUCUUUACCGCCACCAAUAUUGCUGAACAAAUAUUCUGGAAAGCCUUCGCUCCAACCACUGUUAACUCAGGCCGUGGCGAUGAAUUCGAAGGAGCGGUUAUUGCUUUGUUCCACCUUUUAGCUGUUAGAAAGGACAAAAAGAGAGCUUUGGUUGAGGCAUUCUACAGAGAAAACUUGCCCAACAUGUUCCAGGUUUUUUCCACAGUAGCGGUGUUUUUGUUUGUGCUUUAUUUGCAAGGCUUCCGUUACGAACUGCCCGUCAGAUCUACAAGAACAAGAGGUCAAGUUGGUGUUUACCCAAUCAAGUUGUUUUACACCUCAAACACACCUAUCAUGUUACAAAGUGCUUUAACUUCCAAUGUCUUCUUGAUUUCUCAAAUCAUGUACCAAAAAUUCCCAUCUAACCCAGUAGUGCGUCUGAUUGGUGUGUGGGGUGCUAGACCAGGCUCUCCAAUGGGUCAACAAGUCGCCUUGAGUGGAUUGUCUUACUACAUUCAGCCCCCAUUCUCGGUCACAGAUGCCAUCUUGGAUCCAAUCAAGACUGUUAUCUACGUUGCAUUUGUUUUGGGAGCUUGCGCUAUGUUCUCCAAGACCUGGACUGAGAUUUCUGGGACCUCUCCUCGUGACGUAGCCAAGCAGUUCAAAGACCAAGGCCUCGUCAUCAAUGGUAAGAGAGAGUCCUCUGUCUACAAAGAGUUGAAGAAAAUCAUUCCAACUGCUGCUGCUUUCGGUGGUGCCACCAUUGGCGCUUUGUCAGUGGGAUCAGACCUUUUGGGAACGUUGGGAUCGGGAACCUCAAUUUUGAUGGCCACCACAACCAUUUACGGUUAUUAUGAAACCGCCGCCAAGGAAGGAGGCUUUUCCAAAAACUUGGUGGCUGGCUUCUCUGAGUUGAUGUAA